AUGGUAUCUAUGAGUGCUUCAUUUAUCUUAAAGCCAAGACCAAAAUUAGAAGUGAAAAGAAGCAAAAGUAUGACAAAUUUAAGCAAAACUUCUUGAAACCCGAACCCAAGCACGCUUUCUAUUAUAUACCAGCAUUGACAAAAAUUACCUACUGCAUCAAAAUUAGAAUACACAAAUUUGAAAAAGAUUUUUACUGAGGAAAGCCAAAAAAUAAGGCAGGAAAUACGGAGAAAUGAUAGGCUAAAUAAAUCGAUAUCUGUAAUCCCGAGAACUAAGUAUAAAAGAAGAGUUCGAAAUUCGUCACAAGUAGUUGAUUUGAUGGAAAAACUGAAAAAAGCGAGAGAGCUGAAGGAAAAGGAAAAGCAGAAAAAGGCAGCGACCCCUCUUUUGCAUUUUGCAAAAGCUUUAGGCCAGUCAUGCCAAUCCUGUACACAAAAUGUUCUAUUUAGCAGUAGUAGGUCAAGUAAAAAAUUUGGAUUUCUCCUUAAGAAAAGUAUUAUUGAACGUACAAUAGCCCCUGAUGAGCCAUAUAAAGAAAUUCUUGAAGCAGAAAAAGGUGCAUUCUCUCGGAUUCCUAUAAAAGAAGAACUGACAAUUGCUUCUAGAACUGGAGAAUUAUUUAUUUCUGACUUGAAUUCUGCCUCAACUGCAAGUUUACUUAAAAGGCAUGAUAUAAGAUCUAUUUUGAGUAUUGGUAUAAAUAACCAGCCAGUAAAAUAUCCAUUUAUUGAGAAUUAUUACACAGUCAAUAUUGUUGAUAACGACUCAGGGGUUGAAAACUUUUUUGAGUCAAUUCCCUCAGCGUUUAAAAUAAUUGACAAAUGCUUAUCUGAAGGAAACUUGCUUAUUCAUUGCUAUUAUGGGGUCAGCAGAUCUUGCGCAGUAGUUGCUGUAUAUCUUAUAAAAAAGUAUCAAAUUUCCUUAGCAAAAGCAAUCACAAUCACACAUAAAGGACGGAAAAGUUUCAAGCUAUCUCCCCUCUUAGAAAAGAUGUUACUAGAGCUAGAAAAAUUAUAA